GAGUCUGACACUGCUCGAGGCUGAUCAGUUGCUGCCUGUUGCUCUGCUGCUGCUGACACUAAGUCGCGUUAGCUGUUGUAUCGCCACCGUCCGCAUGCUAACGGAGGAACUUUAAGUUCUCUUUAACAACGACACGGACACGUUUAGGCGUGAAAUACAACCUGCUCUGUAGCUGCUGCCCUUCUACAUGGACUCUGUUCAGAAACUGGCGUCUGGGUUCUCCCUGGACCUGGGACCACUGAAGGAACCUCUGGGAUUUAUCCGGGUCUUAGAAUGGAUCUUCACCAUCUUUGCCUUUGCCACCGCUGGAGGUUACUCUGGGACGAGCCACUUUACAGUCAAAUGCCCAGGAGUGGUGGAUGAUAAGCUUGUAGAACCUGCGUUUGGCUACCCGUUCAGGUUGAAUGCUAAACCGUAUCGUAUACCGCUCUGUAGCGGCACUCUUUCCAACGAGACCUUUCUCCAGGGCGACUUCUCCUCCUCGGCAGAGUUCUUUGUGUGCGUCGGCGUGUUCGGGUUCCUUUAUUGCACCGCCACGCUGGUCCUCUACCUGGGCUACCAGAACCUCUACCGUCAGACCAGCCGCGGUCCCAUCAUAGACCUGGUGGUGACUGCUGCCUUCGCCUUCCUGUGGCUUGUGUCCUCCUCAGCCUGGGGCAAAGGGCUGACCGAUAUCAAGUGGGCCACUAACCCAGAGCACCUGGUCAUGAUCGACUUAUGCAAGGACAUCUGUCACGCAGGAGAUUUUCCGUCCAUGGGCCGCCUCAAUGCCUCUGUGAUAUUUGGCUUUUUGAACUUGAUCCUGUGGGCGGGGAACUGCUGGUUUAUUUACAAGGAGACUCCUUUCCACAAGGAUCCCAACCCACCAGCCACCAUGGAGGAAGGAGGGCCUCCUGAGCCCUAGCCACAUCACCGAGGGGUCCUCAAGCAUGUGCCCUGUGCCCACGGCAGAACCGCUUUGUGCCCAACACUGGUCUCUGAUGUUAACCUGCAGAAAUGGAAACAAAAAGGAGGGCAACUGUCCUAAAUACCCACUAUACCUCCCAACACAUGUCAGAGCUAUUUUUUCACUUACGGGUCUUAAGCUCAAGUUAACCUAGUCCCCCAAGGACAAUGAGCAACCCUAUGUUCUUUAUCUUUUAUUUUCAAAAUCUGUCAUCACUGUAUGUAUUUGGUGUUCAGAACAGCAGGUCCCGCAGUGCAUUUGCUUCCACGUUAGCACUGUCCGCCCUUCAGGGAGCCGCCUAAUGAGGAAAUUGUGAUGCAAGAACCCAGAAUCUCUACUGCUCUUCAGCUAGGGGAAAAAAGGUAAACGAUUAAGAGAAGUUGAGAGCAAACAGCCCUCGUAUCCAAUAAAAAGCAAGAAAUACAAAUUAAGAAGCAAACUUUUUAGGUGGGAGCAAAUGCAUGCCUGGGCUUCUGAACAGGAGUCCUUUCUCCGUCAUGUAAUCGGUAAGAGGAAGUGCUACAGUACAGAUACCAAGUACUGUAAUUCUAAACAUAUCAGUCACUUCAAUUUCAAUAGAUGUGUCAUAGCCUGAAGGUCAAAAUAUGUUCAAUGCUCCUUUUUUUUUUUUUCUCCAGUUAAAGCAACAGAUGAUACCAGAGCCCUGCUGUAUAAUCACACUAAGGCAUUCGUUCUCUUCUUUUCUGAGCUCAGAACCUUCUACCGAUUAAAUGAACCACCGUGCCAUUUCCCCACCAAUGUUCUAAUCUACUGACACACACAGACAAAUAUACUUCAUAACCCCAUCAUGGGUGUUGCAGUUUCAACACACUUUGAAUAUCUUGCGCUUAAAGAGAAUACACACACACCAAGUAAAAAAAGAAAAAUCACUACGAUCUACUGCACUUUUUUACAGACUUUUAUUUUGAAAGUUUCAUUCUAGGGUUUUUGUUUCAGGUUGGUUGUGGCAGCGUUGUGACAGCCUUGUUUAUUUUCAGCCUGUAAUCCAGAACAAGGCAUGUUCUCCACAUGUUUACUCUAGUAGCUGUCGUACAUGACUUCACAGCGUGGAAGUGACCGAUAGAUGUCAGGCCAACCGCCACCGUUUAGUUCCUGUUUGAUCCAAAUGUUACUUUUUACACUACUACCAUAAACACUAAGACUUAUUCUCGUUCAAACGAUCUUUUGUAAAAGGUGACUCGCAGUGAGAUUAUUUAUAUACAGUUCACGUGUAUUUUUAUCUACAUUAAUUAGUCAGUUGCUUAUUUUUAAAAAACAAUGUUGGGUUUCUGUUUGUAUUUCCCCGUGGAAAAACGUCAGAGUGCAGCUUCUCCUUGAUUUUUUUUUUUUUUAAUUUUUUUUUUGCAAUGUUGUCAGAUUUGCUGUUAACGUGUUGUACCACUGAGUGGCUUUUUCGGCUUAAUCGUGUGAUGAAAAAUAGUUCACGUAACAAAAUGUGGUUGCCAGAUUGAUGUAAUCCUGCUGUAUUUCUUAACGGCCACGCCCGUAGUUCUGCUCUACAUGUAACUUUACAGCCAAUGCCAUGCAUCACAAGGUUUUGUAUUGAACUCCUACAGUCACUGUUGAUGACUCUUUUGUCACUGAUUAUUUUGCAUUGCACUACGAGGGAUCUAAUGAUCUUCAUGAAGUAACUGUUAGUGGAGUUAUCGAGCCACCUGUGCAGCUGUUUUAUUUCACCGCCGUGUCCUCCGUAUAGGGAAUAAACGAGGGGCUGUUUGAGAGAAAUAGAAAUAGUAAUAUAUUUUCCACAUCACAUUGAAAUUAGAUGCAUAUUUUGUAAGAUGCUUUAUAUAAAUUUUAGACGAUAAAUCUUGGUUUAAUUAGAACACAGUAAUAUGUGGGAUGUUUAUGCGAUGGGGUUAUUGAAAUUGGACUUCAUGUAUUUUAUGCCUUGUUUUUGCUAAAUGAAAGAAUGGUUUAUUUGUAUUGACAAGUGUAAAACAUGAGAGCUGUAACUGCUGGA